GAUGCGCUAAGUGAAGUCAUGAGUAGGAGACCGAGCUCAUAAAACUCAUGUAAAUAUUUACCACCCAGUCGAGUUAUUAUCCUUUACAAAGCCGCAGAUUGUUCGUAACCUCGCCUGAUAAACGCAUGAAGACGGGUUUCGAGGCCGUGCCGACUGAAGCAGGUCUUUGCUCUGGCUUUUAGUGAUUGUGUGAUGCAGGCUUUGUGCCACAUCGUGGAGAGAGAGGCUGGCCGAGACCGGUGUGUCCGUUUCUAAUGCGUCCGGCACGGAUGAGUUGGGGGGUAUGUGGUGCCCAGAAGAGGAGGCUGGUGCUGGGCGUGGUCAUCCUGCUGCUUGUGGAUGUGAUCUGGGUUGCGUCAUCUGAACUCACUGCAUACAUCUUUGUGCAGAAGCAGUACAGUAAGCCGUUCUUCAGCACCUUUGUGAAGACCUCCAUGUUCGUGUUGUAUUUACUUGGAUUCCUCUUCUGGAAACCAUGGAGGCAGCAGUGUGCAGCUCGUUAUCAGCAGCAGCUCAGCAGCCUCAUUCCUGAUGCUGGUUCUUAUGUGUCUGCUGGUGCAACUGAAAACAGCUUUAACAACUCUUUAAGUGAGCCCCUGUAUGUGCCGGUGAAGUUUCAGGAUGUUCCUGACAGCAACGCCAGCAGAGAGUCUAAAACCCCUGUGAGGAAGCAGCGUGUGCGGUUCAGUAAUAUAAUGGAGGUGCGUGAGCUGCCCCACUCUCAGGCUUUGGAGGCCAAACUGUCUCGCAUGUCACAUUCGACCACUCCACUCAGGAUUAUGGCAAAGCUCAGCAUCAGCGCUGUGGCCCGAAUCAGCUUCUUCUUCUGCUUUGUGUGGUUUCUGGCUAAUCUGGCGUAUCAGGAGGCUCUGACAGACACACAGGUGGCCAUUGUAAACAUUCUGUCUUCCACCUCAGGUCUCUUCACUUUGGUCUUGGCUGCUAUAUUUCCCAGUAACAGCAGUGAUCGCUUCACACUCUCCAAACUGCUGGCUGUUAUCCUGAGCAUGGUGGGUGUGGCUGUGGUUAGUGUCUCUGCAAUGGACAGUCCUGGUGGAAAAGGCACUAUUGGUUCACUCUGGUCACUACUAGGGGCAGGGCUGUAUGCCAUCUACAUAGUUAUGCUAAAAAGAAAAGUAGAUCGAGAAGAGAAGCUGGACAUCCCGAUGUUCUUUGGCUUUGUGGGCUUAUUUAACCUGCUGUUGUUAUGGCCUGGCUUUGUGCUGCUGCAUUACUCUGGUCUGGAGUCGUUCGAGAUGCCGAGUCAGCUGGUGAUCAGCUACAUUCUUAUCAAUGGCCUGAUCGGGACCGUGCUGUCUGAAUUCCUCUGGCUGUGGGGAUGUUUUCUCACCUCGUCCCUGAUCGGCACAUUGGCUCUAAGUCUGACAAUUCCGCUCUCCAUCAUGACGGAUAUGUGCAUGCAGAAGACGAGUUUCUCAUGGCUAUUCUUUGUGGGAGCAGUUCCAGUCUUCCUCUCCUUCUUCCUGGCUGCACUCCUAUGCCACUACAAUAACUGGGACCCAGCAAUGGUGGCCCUGCGGAGAGUCUUCUCUUUCUUCUGCCGAAAACACAGGAAUCACAGGUGUGGAAUCCAUUCAGCCCAUAGAAAGCUAGCAGAGGACAGUGAGCAGUGUGAGAGUCUCAUUCCGCUGCAGAGUUCUUCCCUUGACAACAGAGCUUUCUGCUCUUGACCAGCACUUCAGGAGGGACAGAGAAGCAGCAAGUGACAAUCUCAAACCCGCCAAAUGCUGCCCAGAGCCACUGUGCCUCGUAUCCUCUCAUCACGUCCUUGUACUCUUGUAUGCCGACGACCCUGUGAACUGUCCCGCGAGUUCCAAUGAUCCUGCCAGUUUGGUCCUCACUGAGUUGGCUGUGACUUCUCAGGACACAAACCCAAGAGCAACCAGCAUUCUCCAGCCACAGAUGGUCCAAUCAGACCGUAGCACACCGACUGACUGUCCAAUCACAGUUUCCUAAAAAUAAAGAGUCUGUCCAGAUGUGUGAGGGUGGAGGCCGCGAUUGGCAGACUGAGCUAAUAAAUCAACAUUGUUGUCUGUACUCUUCAGCACUGUAAUUCAAUCUCAGUGUGAUAUGUUGAUCAUCAUGUUUCUGAUUGGCGUUAAAGGAAUAUGGCCUGUAUGCACUUAAGAAUUAUUACUGGCUGGUAAACAUUCUAACUUGCUGGUCUUUGAAUCACCGUUUUUACAAUCAGUUGCAUAUUACCUGUAAUACUGUGUGUAGACCUUAGAGUAUUGGCAAAGCCUGCAUGAUGAACACACCCUGUGAUGACCACAAAAAUAUUUAUAAUUUGAUUGACAGCUGUGAAAAUGACUGUGUUAUACCAUUUUAAUGAUGUAUAAAAUACAACGUUAAAACGGGGCACUAGAAACACUAACAAACAGUGCGUUCAUUUUACAUUAAGCUGCAGCCUGUAUUCAGUAUGCUCUGCUGAAUUACCAAAUACAGUUCAUUUUCCAAUAAAAUGUAGUUCUGUGUGGGUUUUA